GUCUUUAAAUACUACAUUUAAUUGAAAUAUACUUGAAAACUUUUGAAUAAUUUUUAAAAUGGCUAUUUUGCAUACGAAACAAGUUUUUGCGUUAUGCUUAAUAAUUUGUUUUUUUAAACAAUCAUUUUCUACACCACUCACAGAGGAGCAAAAGAUGGCGUUACACCAGAAUAUAGAACUGAAGAAAGAGGUGUUAACGGAAUUAACCAAGGAAGAGGUCGAUGAUGGUUUGUACACGGAAGCGGUAAAAAAAAAUCGUGCAAGAGUAGAGCGAUUCACCGAUCGCCUGAGUCAUAAAGAACCAAAAAAUAAAGACAAUGUUGCAGCAGAUGAAUUUGAGAAGAUAAUUGCCGAAGAUGAUGCUUACAUGGCUGAGAAUAUGGAAAUAGUUGGUAGGCGGAUGCGAAUCCGUUUACGCCAAUCAGGUUAUCCGAUAUUCGGAGAUAACGAGGAGUUAAUUGCUGAGGAUAUGAAAAACGAGAAUGAG